CGGUCAUAGUUGGGAACAGGAAGUUCAGGGUAGAAAACGACAGAACUGUGUUAUGUCGAUAGUGGUUGUGUCCGUUUCAAAUGUAUUAUUACAGACCGACUCAGAUUAAGUCUGAGGCUGUUAACAUCAACAGUGAGGACAAUCCCAGCCUGCCACUCUCCUUCCACACUGGGUAGAAACCUACAGUCACUGGGUCCUGAUUGUGACAGUGGAGCCCAGUUUGCACUGCAGGAUCCAGAGAUGGCAUCAGUGAAGCUGGAAGACUGCAGUCAAACACUGGAGCUGAAUGUCAACAUUAAAGAUGAAGAAGAGGAGGAGAACAUUAGGACAACUGAGACCAUGUUGAGACAUUCUCCACAUCCAGAGAGCAAGAGCAGGAAGAUCAGAGAGCCACGAGGUCUCAUCACUGCCCACAUUGUGAAGAGAUAUUCCCAUUUCUAUCAAAGCUAAAAAUACACCUACAAAUACACACAGGAGAGAAGCCAUACGUCUGCAUGGAAUGUGGAAAAUGUUUUAAAACAUCAAAUGUGCUAAAGGUUCAUCAGAGAGCACACACAGGAGAGAAGCUUCAUUCCUGCUCUGACUGUGGAAAAUAUUUUAAAACAUCAAAUGAGCUAAAAGUUCAUCAGAGAACACACACAGGAGAGAAGCCUUUCUUCUGCCCUGACUGUGGAACUAGUUUCUCUCAACUUUCCCACUUAAAAGCACAUGAACGUAUACAUACAGGUGAAAAGCCAUACUCCUGCUCUGACUGUGGGGUUUUAAAACAUCAAAUGAGCUAAAAGUUCACCAGAGAACACAGUUUCUCUCAUCUGGGCACCUUAAAAACACACCAACGUAUACACACAGGAGAGAAGCCUUACUCCUGCUCUGACUGUGGGAAAUGCUUCACAACGUCAACUGAUCUAAAAGUUCACCAGAGAACACACACCGGAGAGAAGCCUUAUUCCUGCUCUGACUGUGGAAAAUGUUUUACAACAUCAAAUAAGCUUAAAGUUCAUCAGAGAACACACACAGGAGAGAAGCCUUACGUCUGCUCUGACUGUGGAACUAGUUUCUCGCAACUUUCCAACUUAAAAUCACAUGAACGUAUACAUACAGGAGAGAAGCCAUACUCCUGCUCUGACUGUGGAAAAUGCUUCAAAACAUCUACUAAGAUAAAAGUUCAUCAGAGAACAUGUGCAGGAGAAAAGUCUUACUCCUGUUCUGACUGUGGGGUGAGUUUCUCUCGACUGAAUACCUUAAAAACACACCAACAUAUACACACAGGAGAGAAGCCUUACUCCUGCUCUGUGGAAGGGUGGGCGUGUAACUCAAACUUCUAGCCAAAGGCUGCUGUGUUUAGAAUCUCAUCAAGGUUAACUGUAGCAUUUUAGCUAAUUAGCAACUUUACAACUACUUACUACUUUUUAGCUAUUACUUAGCAUGUUAGCUUAGCAUGCAACUACUUAGUAUGUUAGCUAACCUUUCCCCUAAAACCAUUUAACCCCUCACCCCUAACCUAGCUAACAUUAGCAACAACAAAUUGGAAUUCGUAACAUAUCAUACAUAUUACAAGUUCCUAACAAAUUGUAUGAAUAGCAAUGCAUAAAAUAACAUAAGAAUUGUAAUUCUUAACAUACGAUACUUCCUACAAGUCGUAUUAUACUGAACAACAAUCUAAAAGCAAUAAUUUCAAAGAUUUAUAGUUUGUAUAAGAAAAUCAGUCAUUUUAAAUAAACAAGGCCCUAAUCUAUGGAUAUCACAUGACUGGGCAGGGGCUCAGCCAUGGGUGGGACUUGGGAGGGCAUCGGCCCACUUGGGAGACAGGCCCAGCCAAUCAGCAUGAGUUUUUCCCCACAAAAGGUCUUGAUUACAUACAGAAAUACUGCUCAGCCCCCUCCCAGACAAUCCUGCAGGUGAAGAAGUCCUGGGCUGCCGUGGUUACAUGUGAUCUGCAGUUGUGAGGCCGGUUGGAUGUACUGCCAAAUUCUCUAAAAGGACAUUAGAGGUGGCUUAUGGUAGAGAUAUAAAUAUUGAAAUCUCUCCUGCAGUCAUCAUGACAAUUGCACAUUCCCUGAACUUGAGAUAUCUGACAUUGUGUUGUGUGGCCUUUUAUUGUCCCCCAGCACAAGGUGCACUUGUGUAAUGAUAAUGCUGUUUUAUCAGCAUCUUGAUAUGCCACACCUGUCAGGUGGAUGGAUUAUCUUGACAAAGGCUGAAAUGCUCACUUACAGGGAUAGUAACUAAGUUGUGCACAACAUUUGAGAGAAAUAAGCCUUUUCUGCACAUGGAACAUUGCUGGAAUGUUUUAUUUCAGCUCAUGAAACCAACACUUUACAUGUUUAGUGUAUAUUUUAGUUCAGUUUAUAUUGGUAGUCCAAUUUAGUGUAACCUAACAUACUAAAUGGAGUGGCACGGAUGUUUUUGUAAUACAUAAUACGUUUUAAUCUGAGACCAGGUUGUCCCUCUGCAGUAUUUUGUGAGAAUGAGCUAGUAGACACUUCUUUAAAAAAACAUUUUUUUUUACCUUUAUUUAACUAGGCAAGUCUGUUAAGAAUAAAUUCUUAUUUACAAUGAUGGCUUAGGAACAGUGUGUUAACUGCCUUGUUCAGAACAACAGAUUUUUACCUUGUCAGCUCAGGGAUUUGAUCUAGCAACCUUUUGGUUACUGGCCCAAAUGCUCUAACCACUAGGCUACCUUCCGCCCCUAACAUGUAUCAGAUAGAGAUGGUCACUUUUCACCACUAGUUUGGGGGGGGUGUUUUACAACUUUAUUUAAUGAUACACAGUUUAUGAAAUGAAUACGUGUGUUUAUUAAUUGUCUUUGAAACUAGAUUCGUUAUUUUAGUUACUAAUCAUGAAUGUGUUUGGAUAUCUGCAUUGAAGCAAACUUUAUUGAUCUGCCAAUGAAAAAUAAAGUUACAUGAAUAUGUACUGGUCAACCUCUU